AUGGCUCGGCCUAACAGCAAAUCGAAGGGUAAUGCUGAAUAUCCGUCCAAUGACACUAACCCACCAUCGUCAUUGCCAUCAUAUGAUUCGAAACAGCCCUUUCCUCCUCUUUCGCCCGACGAUCUCGCUGCAACAACCGCUUCCAACAAUACGCAAGACAACAGCUAUCUGGAGGAUGACCAAGACAUAAUGUCGCCCCUACAGGCAGACACCGAGGCGGAAGAUGAAGAUGUUGAUUUCCACACACAGUACUCGUUGGAUAACCAAUUCUUUUCCGACACGUCUACGGAUUCGGAAUCCCCAGAAGAUGGCAUCGCAAUGCAUCAUCCGUUUCGACAGUCAACCAGUUCCCUCCACGGCCCCAAUGCGUUUGCCCCUCCUUUCUAUAACCGACCUCCAACGCCUCUACCGCCGUCCCCUUCCUUGACCUCUCUUCUGCGUCCCCCCUUUUCCACCACGACGUCCAGACCCACCACUCCCGACAGCUCGGACGUGGAAACACCAAACGACACUGAAGCUGCUGUUGCGAACUCGGCGCGACGUGCGACAACCGUGCCUCGAGCAAGUCCAAAGGUACCAACGUAUGAAUAUUACGGUUUUGUUUUGUACCUUGCCUCGUCACUGGCUUUCUUGAUGUAUAUCCUCUGGUCCUAUCUCCCCUCCCCAUUCUUACUCCAAUUGGGAAUUCGUCACUAUCCCAAUCGUUGGUGGUCUUUAGCGUUUCCCUCGUGGCUGGUUAUGUCCAUAAUCUAUAUUUACGUUGCUCUGGCGUCGUACAACACUGGCUAUCUGACGCUGCCCAUGAAUAGUGUCGAGAAUAUCGUUGAUGGUGUGGCCAACGUAGCCGUCAUUGAUGGUAAAGGGAGGCGACGACCGGGUGGCGCUGCGAAGAUGAGGCCUGGCGCAACAUCUUUCCAAAUUAUGGGACCGCAGAACCGGAAGGUGAACUGGAGAGAGAUUUGGAGCGAAGGCACCGAUGCUGUCUUGGACGUUCCUGUUGGAGGAGUGUGUGAAGUUCUAUAUGGCCCGGAUCGGGAUGACGAUGAAAUCUACGACGAAGGAGUUGGCUCUUCAAGCGACCAUCUUGAACAGGAAGGCCAUAGCUAA